GGGUGUUUUCUCUCUUCAAAACAACGCCUGACGUGGCGUCUGUGUCGCUGUUACAAAGCAACUCUUCACACAUCAGUUCGGCGCCCUAUUGUUGUGGUGGCUCCUAAUCAACAGGCUCGCGAUCGGUUUGCUUCUCCCCAUUAUUUCGCUUCUUGUUUUGCAACGAACAACCGCCCUCCACCUCCUCCUCACGAGCGGCGUUGGCGCAUGCGACUCUAGCGACCUCCUCCUUCUCGUCUUUUGCGCUGACGAGGAAAACCUCGAAAGCAGUGGCUUCGAAACUGUGUAGCUGACGGAGUGGCCUUUUGUUGUGGUGGUUGUGUUCGCAAAACGAAGAACAAGUAAAAAUGGACCUGCCUUUUCCGGAGAAGUACUACGAAGUGGCGAAGUACUUUGAUUUCUAUAUCGGCGAUGUAGAGCAGACACCGCUGCUGACGGAUGCGCAGCGCCUUCUCUUCUACGCACUGCGACAACAGGCUGAGCACGGCCCCUGCAACGAGCCCCAGCCGUCGCUGUGGCACCUGACGGAGCGGCACAAGCACCAGGCGUGGAAGCAGCUCGGCCGCAUCUCCACCUUUGAGGCGAUGGUGUUUUUUGUGCAGCAGUUUGAGCGGGUGCUCUGGGCCCUCGAGCACCCCGGCGAGGACGUGUCCGCGGCCGAUGCCUCGAUGAAGGUCACGGUUGACUGGCCUACCCGAUUGCGAGAACUGCAGGCGAGUUCAUCGGAGAAGGACGAAAGGGAGGAGAAGGGCAUCCGCAAUGGCACGGCGGAGCAGCGCUCGACCGAAGAAGCGAAUCCGGCGUUAUCAUCGCCCCCUUCCCCUCAAUCUGCGCCGUCACUUCCUGUUUCUCUCUCCGCGGAGGAGAUGCAAAGGUGGGACGGCGACAUUGUCGCCCACGCGGCCCUCACGCUAGACAACAUUCGCUUUCUCGCGACAGAGCUGAUGCGUACACGAGAGGCACUUCGCCAGGCACGCGAAACGGUUUUGGUGGAGGGGUGCCAUGUAAAUGGCUCGCGUUCAGAGAAGUUGCCCGUGCUUUUGCCGCCUACGUCUUCGCCGUCGUUGAGCUCGGGGCAGUCCCACACUGCGUCUGCCGUGCCGCCGCUGAAGCCGGUGUGGACGAAAAAUGGGGCGGCGAUGCCCCUGCCGAUUGUCCCGCCACCGGUGCGCUUCUCAGCCCGGUCGCUGACGGAGGCGGCGGUGCGGCCUCCUCUUGAAACGUAUGCGAGGAAAAGGGUAGUGCAGGACCCUACCCCUGCUCCUCCGCCUGACACCAGCACCUCCUGGUUUACUUGGUAUUGA